AGUGCUGAGGCGUCGAGUGCUGACCCAUUAGUGCUGAAAAUACCUAAAAACUGACCUUACCUGUGACGCGGAGUGAUACGAAGCGAGAUAAAAGUGGAAAAUAAGACAGCCAUGAUUCGUGCAAAGAAAACGGAGGUGCAUACAUAGUGACCAGAAAGAAAACGGUGCCGAGCGAUCAAAGAAAAUGGGAAAAAAAAGUUGAAUGUGAAGAAAAUGAGAAACCUGUUAUUGCGUUAAGGAAAAAAAGAAAAAAAAUAAGUGGAAAAACAAGACUAACUGAAGGAGAUAAAUAGACAAAAACUGGUGUAUAGAGAAAGGGAAAACAGUUACUCGUAUAUUGAGUGAAAAAAGUAGAAAAACACAUUAAUUGAAAAAAGAAAAUAAGUGUAAGAAGGAAAGGAAAUACUACAUCAUUGAAAAGGAAAAGAAAUAAAUAAAGAAAACUAUAGAAAAGAAAAAAAAAGAGAAAGUACCACAUCAUUGAAAAACAGAAGUUACAGAAGCAGAAAAAAAGAGCUAAAUAGGAAAAUGAAAUAAAAGAAAUAAAUCUAGAUCGUGAAAAAAAAUGAAAUAAAAAAAUACAUAGCGACCAAGAGGAAAGGAAAAAAACUAGAAAAAAAAAUAAAUCGUGAGAGGAAAGAAAACAAAAAAAACUGCAUAACAACCAAAGGAAAAGAAAAAAAAUAGGAAAACAGAAAACCAAAGCAAAAUAAAAUAAAAAUUAAUCUAAAACGUGAAAAUAGAGGAAAAUAGAAAAUAAAAAACAAAAACAACACAGCAACCACAAAAAGGAAAAAAAAACUAACCACAAGGGAAACUAUUGAUCAAAGGAAACAACAAAUCACGGAGGAAAAUAUUGACCAAAGGGAAGGAAAAAAAAACAAUCAAUAGUUUCGUCUGACGUAAUCAGGGCUCGCACACCUGGCCCCACGCGUCCACACCUGGGCAGGCAACGCGACACACCUGCAAAAUGACGUCCAUUAUGAAGAUCUACAGCAAAGCCACGCGGCGGGGUUCGGAUCCGAGGCUCCAGACGUGCCGCGGGAAGCUUCAGAACCGCCGCUCGAAGCUCAACCAAGAGAUCAACAAAGAACUGAUGCUGAGAACCGGGGCGGAAAACCUCUUCAACGCCACCAACAACAAGCGUAUGAAGGAGCAGGUGUCCCUUGAGUUGCAGUUCGUCAACAGCAAUCUACAGCUCCUCAAGGAACAGCUCGCCGAACUCAACAGCUCCGUCGAGGUGUACCAGGGGAAGGGGUCCAAAGGAAGCAUCCCAAUGAUUCCUCUCGGCCUGAAGGAGACGAAGGAAAUCAACUUCAGGGAGCCAUUCAAGGACUUCAUCUUGGAACACUACAGCGAAGAUGCGGACAAAUACGACGAAGCCAUUACAGAAUUCAUGGACCUGCGAGGGGCCAUGCGGACUCCUGAGAGGGACGAGUCUGGGGUGGCGCUUCUGCUGGAGUACUUCAACCAGCUCUACUUCAUCGACAGGAGGUUCUUCCCGCCGGACAGGUCGCUCGGGAUAUACUUUGAGUGGUUUGACUCCCUCACCGGAACACCAAGCUGCCAGAGAACCGUCGCAUUCGAGAAGGCGUGCGUGCUCUUCAACCUCGGGGCGCUGUACACCCAGCUCGGGGCGCGGCACGACAGGACCUCGGCGGCUGGGCUCGACGCUGCCGCCAACAACUUCCUGAGGGCGGCCGGCAUGUUCCGCUACCUUCACGACACCUUCACUAACGCCCCCUCGAAGGAUCUGAGCCCUGAGAUUCUGGAGAUGCUGAUCCACCUGAUGCUGGCCCAGGCGAGGGAGUGUCUGCACGAGAAGGCGCUGCUGGGGCACAGUGAGGACCUGGAGACGGUGGUGGAGUUGGCACAGGAGGCGGCGCAGGUCACGGAGGAGUACUCACAGGUGUUCAAGACAAUCUCCGGUGCCCAGGUGAAGGACUGCGUACCUGUGUCGUGGGUGAGCAUGGUGCGCAUCAAGGUGGAGUACUACCGCGCCUGCUCCCACUACCACAUGGCUGAGUCCCUUCUGACGCUGCCCACGGGGGAGAAGGACGAGGAGCAGCUGACCCAGAGAGUGCGCCAAUCCCUGCAGUAUGUCCACCUCACGCCCUCCAGCAACACCACGCUUGACAUCACGGUCCCCACCUCACACCAGGAGAGGGUGCUUCUCGGCCUGGCUCAUUGCCGUGAGUCGGUCAUGGUACACGAGGAGGCCCUGAGACAGCAGCGCAUGUGUCGGGACCUCAAGAAGAAGAGCGGCCUUUCGGAGGUCCUGCGCUUCGGCCACGAGUCCGCCGUCCACCUCCUCGACCUCUACGAAGACGAGGAGGACCUGCACAACGUCCUUGACCCACCACCUGUUGCCCCCGCCACCAAGUUCCAGCUGACCCUCACGACCCCAGACUUCUCCCAGCACCGCGUGGAGGACAUGUUCCGCCUGCUGGGCCCCGUGGCGGUGUUCUCGGCCAAGCACCAGUGGUCUGCGCCGCGCCCCGUCGCCCUCACCCGCACCCCCACACAGGGCUUUGGGUUUUCGGUCAGAGGGGACGCGCCUGUGGUCAUCGCUGGGGUGGACCGGGGGAGCCUGGCAGAGCGUGCCGGCAUGAGCGAGGGUGACCUGGUGGUGUGCAUCGGGACGCGGGACGUGAAGUGGCUGCCGCACGAUGAGGUGGUUUCGCUGAUUCGUGAGGCCGGGAACUCCCUGGCCCUCACGCUGGUCACCCCCUGCGACAAGACCUACUACAAGCUGCCCAAGAGCAAGAGCCUGAAGGACAUCUCACCGCACUCCACCACCAGCAGCAGCAGUGGGGUCAGCAGCAGCAACAGCAGUAACAGCAGCACCAGCAGCCACUAUGGGUCCGUCAACAGCUCCACCCUCUCCGCCAAGAACCACGACAAGCACAACAGCUGGAACCCCUUCAAGCGCUCCACCUCGAGGGACAAAUACAAGUCUGACUCCAUGUUGGAUAAUGUGAUUUUACGAUAAGGGGGUUGAGAAGAAGAGAGAGAGAGAGAGAGAGAGGGAGGUAAGAGGGAGAGAGAAAAGGAGAUUGAGAGAUGGAGAGAGAGAUAUUAUUUCCUCUCUCUAUUUUUUUUUUUAUUUUUUUUUUAGAGAGAGAGAGAGAGAGAGAGAGAGAGAGAGAGAGAGUAAAAGAGAGAGAGAGAGAGGAUGUUUAUUUCUCCUCUCCUUGUCCCAUUUUCUUUUAUUUUUAGAGCGAGAGAGAGGAAGAGAGAGAGAGAGAGACUUUCUCCAUCAUCUUUCUCUUUGUACCAUUUCCCUAUCUUCUUCUUUGCAAUAUGGAGAGAGAAAAUGGAGGAGAGAGAAAGAGAGAGAGGAGAGAUUUUUCUAUUUUCUCUCCAUAACAUUUUCACUCUCUAACAUUCACAAUAAGAAGAAGAAAAAGAGGGAAAAAAAAUAGAAAGAUAAAGUUAAAUAUUUUUCUAUCAUCUCUCUCUCUCUCUCUCUCUCUCUCUCUCUCUCUCUCUCUCUCUCUCUCUCUCUCUCUCUCUCUAUAACACUGUCUUCGUCAUAAUUUCUGUAUCAUACACCCGCUGGACACUGUAAAAAAAAUCAGUAUUAUAUGUUUUUUCCCAUAUAUAUUUCCCUCCCUAUUGUUUUGUGCUCAAAGUGAAUAUAUAUAAAUAAAUGUAUCGGAACCUUGUAUUAUCGCGUCGUCUAUAGAUUAACCACAUCCAGGCAUUUUUCGCUAGUAUAUUGCCACGUUUAUACACAUAUACAUACACUCAUACAUAUAUACAUACUCUGCUGCUUGUAUUAGUGGUGUGUCAUACAUACACACACACACACACACACACACACACACCACUAACACCAUCACCACCACCAUCUCUGUAACUCUAUCUCACCUCAUUUCACCUUGUUUUACCUGUUUGGUGCACUAAUUAAGGGGUCUAACAGGUGUGUGUGUGUGUGUGUAUGUGUGAGAGAGAGAGAGAGAGAGAGAGAGAGAGAGGUAUGACUAUUCUUAAAAUUAAACAUAUCGAAAGACUUUUAGACAUUCCUACUCUGUGUGUGUGUGAGAGAGAGAGAGAUAUGACUGUGUUCUUAAAAUUAAACUUAUCGAAAGACUUUUUAGAUAUUCCUACUUUGUGUGUGUGUGUGUGUGUGUGUGUGUGAAUAGCCCAAGUCACCAUAUACCGCUCAGUAAAAAAUAGAACCUGUACAGUCGCUCAGUAAAUAUAUAUACAACCUUUCGUCCUCUGUAAAAUAUAUAUACGUACCUCCUUAUUUUGUUUUCUGUACAGCUGUUGCAUGGGAAAAUAUUACUAAUGGAAAAAAAAGAUGAGUGGAAAGUAUAUUACAUUACUGUGGUGUAUUUUGUUAUGUGUGUAGCAAUGUUGGGUCGAGGAAUAGGAUGUCGGGUUGAUCGAUACAAUGUUGCGUUGGUUAAUGAGGUGAAAUAUAAUCCUGAUGAUGGAAGAAAGAGAUUGAGUGAGAUUGUGUGAGACUUUUUUAUUUUAUUUAUUUAUUUUUUUACAGCUAAAGAAACAGCUCAACGGCAACAAAAAAAAAGUUUAAAAAAAAAGCCCGCUAAUCGUUGCUCCCACAAAUUGAAAUAAAGAAAAACUGACCAAAAUAGGAUGAAGGAAGGAUUGAACAGGAAAUAUUGAGGAGUGUAAAAGACGAAAAUUAAAAGAAUAUGUGGAAAGAAAGCAAGAAGGAAGGAAACUACAGGAAAAGGGACUGAGAGAAAGUUAGUUUGUCAGACAGAAGAAAAAAAACUGUAUAAAGAAACAACUGACCAAAAUAAAAUGAAGGAAGGAUUGAACAGGAAAUAUUGAGAAGUGUAAAAGAUGAAAAUUAAAAGGAUGUGUGAAAAGAAAGCAAGAAGGAAGGAAACUACAGGAAAAGGGACUGAGAGAAAGUUAGUUUGUCAGACAGAAGAAAAAAAAACUGUAUAAAGAAACAAGUGACCAAUGAAGAAAGGAUUGAACAAAAUAUUGAGAAGCGUAAAAGAAGAGAAUUAAAAGAAUAUGUGAAAAGAAAGCAAGAAGGAAGGAAACUACAGGAAAAGGGAUGGAGAGAAAGUUAGUUUGUCAGACAGAAAAACAAAACUGUGUAUAAAGAAACAACUGACCAAAAUAAAAUGAAGGAAGGAUUGAACAGAAAAUAUUGAGAAGUGUAAAAGAAGAGAAUUUAAAGGAUAUGUGAAAAGAAAGCAAGAAGGAAGGAAACUACAGGGAAAGGGACUGAGAGAAAGAUUGUCAGACAGAAAAAAGAGUGAGAAAUAAAUAAAAAUAAAAUAAAAUGUGAUUAGAAGAAAUAAAAUCAACAGAAAAGAGAUGAAUAGAACAAAGGAAAAAAUGUAAAAAAAAAAACAUUACUGAGAUACAAAGAAUAAAAAAGAAUAAAAAAACUAUUGAAAAGUAAAAUAUUAAGAUGAAAAUAUUGUGUAGGUAAAGUCUUCUGUUCUAUCACGAAUAUAGAUUUUUUUUUUAAGUGCUUGGAGAUGAUGACGAGAUGAUAAGUUAUAAAGUGGAUCAUAAGUGACGGAACAUAAAGUGGAGUCAUGAACUAAUAUUAAGUGAGGGAGGAUAAGUGUGUGUGUGUGUGUGUGUGUGUGUGUGUGUGUGUGUAGGAAUCAUGGAACCUCGCGUGUAUACAUAUGUGCGUUUUUUUUUUUUUUUUUUUUUGUGUGUGUGUGUGUGUGUGUGUGUGUGAGAGAGAGAGAGAGAGAGAGAGAGAGGGGUUCAUCUCCACAAAAUCGUCCAUUCUGAGAUUCUUGGGUAAUGCAAUUUGUACAUAUUCGUCCAAUCAUAUAUAUAAAUACCAGAAUUGUUGCCAUAUAUUAUUAUUAUUAUCAUUAUUAAUGUUAUCGUGAAUAUACAGUAUGCAAAUAUAUAUUUUUAAGUGUUAAUA